UUGGCUGGCCAUUCUUAGAAUUUAUUCUCGAAGCCAUCACAAUUUAAUUUUCAUUUCAACCCGAACUCUGAAUCUUCUCUUGUCUAAUUUUCUGCCUUGCCCAUCUCUUUGUUUUCCCAAAAACACAGUAGUUUUUCUCCCUUUUUUUUAUUUUUUUAUUUCUGAGAUUUCCUGCAAUUUUCCCAAGGAGUUUGAUUGGUAACUCAAGAGACAUGGUUCAACUCAAGGAAUUUCGCAUUGUCAUGCCUAUGUCUUUGGAAGAGUAUCAGGUAGCUCAAAUGUACAUGGUAAUGAAGAUGCAGCAGCAGAGUACAAAUGGGGAUGAAGGUGUUGAAGUCUUGGAGAACAAGCGUUUUCAAGAUGAUGUAUUUGGUAAAGGUCAAUUCACAUCUAAAGUAUAUCGUUUACAAAGCAAAGCACCUGCUUGGCUUACAACUAUUGCACCGAAAGAUGCUCUUGUAAUGCAAGAGGAAGCAUGGAAUGCAUACCCAAGAUGUAAAACAGUGAUCAAGUGCCCAUACUUUACCAAGUUCUCUCUCACAAUUGAGACUGUCCAUAGGGCAGACAAUGGCACAUCGGAAAAUGUGCAUGGUUUAAAUGAAGAACAACUGGCCGCUAGACAGGUAGAAAUCAUUGAUAUUGCUUCAGCUGAAACAGAUUAUUGGAGUUAUGCUAUCGGAAGUAGCAGUUUUGACUUUUCGAAGUUCAAAUCCACAAAAUCUGGCCGUGGUCCGCUUUUGGAUGGAUGGCAGGAUAAUUACCGUCCAGUAAUGACGGCAUAUAAAUUGGUGACAAUAGAUGCACCAUAUUGGGGUUUUGGUUAUCGACUUGAACAAGCUUUGCUAGCGGGUGAAAGGGCACUUUUCAUUGAAAGUCACCGGAACUGUUUUGGUUGGAUUGAUGAAUGGUUUGGGCUGACAAUGCAACAAAUACGCGAACUUGAACAACAAGGUGAUUGCUUAUUAAAUGAGAAAAUUAGCAAGCCGGCUUUGCUGACAGAUGCCGCGGAUUGUGAGCAAAGGUUUACUCAUAGCAGUGAAAGACAGGUACAGCAAGUUGUCCGUACAUGAUUUCGAAUCAGAAUGGUUUGUUAUUUUGCUGAUGAUAUAAUGUUGGCAUCAACCAAGUUCUAUUUGGUUUAUUCCUUACAAACCACAGAUUGACAAAGAUUAAAGUGCAAACAAAUCGAAACACACAAAACUGACUGGGGUUUAUACAUUUAUAAUCACCCUAUAAUUUAAUUUGCCAUUGUUUACAAAGAGAUUUACAUUGAAUUUUAGCAGAAAUAUGUAUUCUUUUUUUUUUUUUCCAUUCAUAUUGUAUGUUUAGUAUAGAGUUGUAUCAUGUAAUAUGUUAAUAUUAAUUAUAAAAGACUUUUGAAACUUUUACUUAAA